AUGGCAGGGACUGUGGUGCUGGACGAUGUGGAGCUGCGAGAGGCUCAGAGAGAUUACCUGGACUUCUUGGAUGACGAGGAGGACCAGGGAAUUUAUCAGAGCAAAGUUCGAGAGCUGAUCAGUGACAACCAAUACCGGCUGAUUGUCAAUGUGAAUGAUCUGCGCAGGAAAAAUGAAAAGAGGGCUAACCGUCUACUGAGCAAUGCCUUUGAGGAGCUGGUUGCCUUCCAGCGGGCCUUAAAGGAUUUUGUGGCCUCUAUUGAUGCUACUUAUGCCAAGCAGUAUGAGGAGUUCUACAUAGGAUUGGAGGGCAGCUUUGGCUCCAAGCACGUCUCCCCCCGGACUCUUACCUCCUGCUUCCUCAGUUGUGUAGUCUGUGUGGAGGGCAUUGUCACUAAAUGCUCUCUAGUUCGUCCCAAAGUCGUCCGCAGUGUCCACUACUGUCCUGCCACCAAGAAGACCAUAGAGCGACGUUAUUCUGAUCUUACCACAAUGGUGGCCUUUCCAUCCAGCUCUGUUUAUCCCACCAAGGAUGAGGAGAACAAUCCCCUUGAGACAGAAUAUGGCCUUUCUGUCUAUAAGGACCACCAGACCAUCACCAUCCAGGAGAUGCCAGAGAAGGCCCCAGCUGGCCAGCUUCCCCGCUCCGUGGAUGUCAUUCUAGAUGAUGACUUGGUGGAUAAAGUGAAGCCUGGUGACCGAGUCCAGGUGGUGGGGACCUACCGUUGCCUUCCUGGGAAGAAGGGAGGCUAUACCUCAGGGACCUUCAGGACUGUCCUGAUUGCCUGUAAUGUGAAGCAAAUGAGCAAGGACAUUCAGCCUUCAUUCUCUGCUGAGGAUAUAGCCAAGAUCAAGAAAUUCAGUAAAACCCGUUCUAAGGAUAUCUUUGACCAACUGGCUAGAUCAUUGGCUCCUAGUAUCCAUGGGCAUGACUAUGUCAAGAAGGCAAUCCUCUGCUUGCUCUUAGGAGGGGUGGAACGUGACCUAGAAAAUGGCAGCCAUAUCCGUGGGGACAUCAAUAUUCUUCUAAUAGGAGACCCAUCGGUUGCCAAGUCUCAGCUUCUGCGGUAUGUGCUUUGUACUGCACCCCGGGCCAUCCCCACCACUGGCCGGGGCUCCUCUGGAGUGGGUCUGACGGCUGCUGUCACCACAGACCAGGAAACAGGGGAGCGCCGUCUGGAAGCAGGAGCCAUGGUCCUGGCUGACCGAGGUGUGGUUUGCAUCGAUGAAUUUGACAAGAUGUCUGACAUGGACCGCACUGCCAUUCACGAAGUGAUGGAGCAGGGUCGAGUGACCAUUGCCAAGGCUGGCAUCCAUGCUCAGCUGAAUGCCCGCUGCAGUGUUUUGGCAGCUGCCAACCCCGUCUAUGGCAGAUAUGAUCAGUACAAGACCCCAAUGGAGAACAUUGGGCUACAGGACUCACUGCUGUCACGAUUUGACUUACUCUUCAUCAUGCUGGAUCAGAUGGAUCCUGAGCAGGAUCGGGAGAUCUCAGACCAUGUCCUUAGGAUGCACCGUUACAGAGCACCUGGGGAGCAGGAUGGCGAUGCUAUGCCCUUGGGUAGUGCUGUGGACAUUCUGGCCACAGAUGAUCCCAACUUUAACCAAGAGGACCAGCAGGACACCCAGAUUUAUGAGAAGCAUGACAACCUUCUGCAUGGGACCAAGAAGAAAAAGGAGAAGAUGGUGAGUGCAGCGUUCAUGAAGAAGUACAUCCAUGUGGCCAAAAUCAUCAAGCCUGUCCUGACACAGGAGUCGGCUGCCUACAUUGCAGAAGAGUACUCACGCCUGCGCAGCCAGGAUAGCAUGAGUUCGGAUACUGCCAGGACAUCUCCAGUUACAGCCCGAACACUAGAAACUCUGAUUCGAUUGGCCACGGCCCAUGCAAAGGCCCGUAUGAGCAAGACUGUGGACCUGCAGGAUGCAGAGGUAGCUGUGGAGUUGGUCCAAUACGCUUACUUCAAGAAGGUUCUGGAGAAGGAGAAGAAACGUAAAAAGCAAAGUGAGGAUGAAUCAGAGACAGAAGAUGAAGAGGAGAAAAGCCAGGAGGACCGUGAGCAGAAGAGGAAGAGGAGAAAGACUCGCCAAUCAGAUGCCAAGGACGGGGACUCAUAUGACCCCUAUGACUUCAGUGACACAGAGGAGGAAAUGCCUCAAGUGCACACACCGAAGACAGCAGACUCGCAGGAGACAAAAGAAUCCCAGAAGGUGGAGCUGAGUGAAUCCAGGUUGAAGACAUUCAAAGUUGCCCUUCUGGACGUGUUCCGGGAAGCUCAUGCGCAGUCGGUGGGCAUGAAUCACCUCAAAGAAUCCAUCAACCGGGACAAAGAAGAGCCCUUCUCUUUGUCAGAGAUCGAGGCUGCGCUGAGCAAGAUGCAGGAUGACAACCAGGUCAUGCUAUCUGAGGGCAUUGUCUUCCUUAUCUGAGGAGACCUCGUCUCUGAACUUGGGGUUGUGAUGAGAGAGUGUCUCCCGUGUUUCCUAUUCUCCUCCCUCAUUCUAGUCUGUCUUCAUUCCCCGAAUAACAGAGUUUAAUUGAAUGACAUUGAGGGACACUGUUGACGAACCUGAAUCAGUCCUCAGUGGAAGCUUUGGGAAUGGGUAGUGAAAGCUGCCAUGGAGUAAUGUAAGAGAAGAGAGUGGGGAAGGACUUAAGACUAUUGUAUUUUCCCAGCAAAAGUACUGGAGCACACGCCCUCCUUCCUAUCCCCAGGCAAACCCAACCAUUAUUUUCUGUAAAUAAUAUUUGACUUCUGAGUACUUUUCUGGGCACAGCUGGUUUCUGGUUUUCCUUUCUGUGUGUGUUGGCUGUUUUCUCCAGAGGACUUUGGGUGGUUCUGUGCUGAUGGAGAGAAGCUCUGAGGCAAGUCCUGCAGGUCCAAGAAAGCUUUCUCUGCAGUAGCAACAGUUACAACUAAUAUGUACUUUUAAAUAUCUAGGAUACUGAAUAAACCUAACCAUUUUGCACAUAUGGCUUUAAUACUGUGCGCUGUUUAUACACACAUUUAAUUUCGUUUUCCUUGAGAGCUCUGCCCUGCAGGAUUUGCUGCUCCCACGUUUGUACAAGGCACCACAAGGUGGCAGCAGCCUGCUGUGAGCUCUCUCUGGGGGCAUGUCUUUUCUCUGGGCCAUUUUCUUCUUCAGUAACACCAGCAUUUAUUAGUCAAAAUUGACGGUGCAAACCAAACCCUACUGAUCUAAAAAAGCUAGGUGGCCACAGGAGGUCAGUGAGUGCAAGUCUAGGAGAAGAAUUGACUCUGCCUGGCUUUUCUGAGCCUGAAUCAAAGCCUCUUCAUAGAGAAGAAAUACCUGAUGUGUCAGACACCUCAGAAUCAUUUAAGUUCUUGCCAAUAAAGAGAUCCCCUUACAGGAUACUUUUUAAAUUACCUGGAUGUCUAGCCUUUGGGGUUUGUUAGCCUGUCUGCAGAGAAGUUUGUGGAGGGA